GCGAGCUGCUUCUAGUGCGGACACAACUUAUAUAGCAGGCAGCACACGUACCUAUGUGGAAUGUUUGUGCAUCCUUCACUGGGUACCGAAGAGGAGACAGAGAGGGGGAGAGGGAGCGAGAGAGGGAGAUGGAGAGAAAGGGAAGAGAGAGGAAUAAAAGAGAAGAGAAAGGCAGCAAGAGAGGGUUUGUGAAUCCGGUGGGUACCAGAGAUGAGAGAGACAGAAGGAAAGAGAGAGCGAGAGAUAUAGAAGUGGGAGAGAGAGAGAGAGAGAGGCUGAAUGCACACUCGGCUACAUCUGAAAUCUAACACAGCCAUCCUCCUGUGACCCGUGAUCGAGACAAGAGAAAGAGGGGAGGAGAGAGAAAAGGGUAAGAGAUGCAUAGGGCAAGCAUAGGAUCCUACUAGAGAGAAUAGCGUAAGGCGUACAGACGGACAGAGGAGGAGGAGCAGGAGCAGGCAAGACGUGGAGCCCGCUACAGCCUCACCUGAAUGCUUGACGGUGUCCAUACCUCAAGGUGUGACUGACGUCUACUGUCUGUGACUCACCUGGCCACCAUCUCAGAUCCACCAUCCCUUUUCUCUGAACAAGGUCAACCUACACCACAGGUCGACCUUCAUAACCACCAUCACUUAGAGUCGAACAUUACCCAGAAGCCCAUCCAGAACUCCAUUACCCAGAAAUCCCUCCGAAACUACCCAGCAGCAGCAUGCAAACCCCGGCCUCCAUGGUGAUGGGCAUCGUGUUCGCCCCUCUGGGCCUGGUGCUGAUCUUCAUGGCAGCCAUCACGCCCCAGUGGAGGGAGGGGCAGACCCAGCUAGUGGGUGUGGCCGGGGCUGAGCCCCACCUCCUCCUGCGCACCGAUGGCCUAUGGGAGAGCUGCCUACAGGUGGCCCACUCGGAGCUGAAGCAGUGCUGGCCAGUAGAAGGCGCCUACCAGAGCGACCCACAGGUGAGGCUGGCGCAAGGCCUUGUGCUCAGCUCCUUGUUCCUGUGUGGUGCCGGCAUUGUGCUGGCCAGUGUGGGGGUGAGGUGCUGGACCGACCUGCCUCUGAGAAGCGUGGUGGCGGCGGGAGGCCUGCUAGUGGCGCUGUCAGGCCUGCUGAGUCUAACCGCCCUGGGGGUGUACACACACAACCUGGGAAUACUGGGGAUGGAGCAGACACCCCCCCACAGACCUCAUCAUAGGCUGCCACAGCUCACUCUACAUCCGGCCGGGUCGCUCUACUUCGGCUGGGUGGGGGGAUGUGUACAGGUGGUGGGAGGGGUGGCCCUACUGCUCAGCUUCAAGAUUCGGCCCAGAUGUCCCUCCUGUACCUUAUGCUCACAGCUGAAGAACAAGCAGGACACAGAGGUGUACGACGUCAGCUGUUAGUGGAGACUGGGGGAGAGUUACUGUGAGUGAAGAUGAUAGAUUGGAUUUACCCUUAACACUACAAAGCCAAGCCGAGCCGAACCGAGCUGUACUGCAAUUGCUUGGUAUGUUUCCACCAUAGUUGCUAGAACAAUGCUGGAAAGGACAUUGUGAAAAGAAAAUAUCUAAGCCAACACAGUAAGGUUCAGGUCAACACCAGGAGUAGACUGGGACCAGAAAUUGGCACUGGCAUUUCUAAAACACUUUUCCUCGAGGCCCCCAAACCGGACAAUUUUUUCCUUGAAGCCCCCAUUAUUAGCUAAAUAAUGAUCAAUUUGUGCAAAAAAACAAGCUAGAAAGGGAUACUGGUCUAAAAAUGUACCCGAAAAGCCAGCUGGCCAUUCUGCCCCUGGGUUCAGUGGUGGGAGUCUUUUGUUCGUUUGGCACUAAAGUAUAAUUGAGGGUGUAAUGAAGGAUGAUGAACUUUAACUUUUGUAAAGGAAGCUGUAUGGCACUGUUGUGUUUUACUUGGAGAUGCUAACCUUCAAAAAGUAUUCAUGUUGCCUUUAACUGCAAAAAAAAGUGUAUAACUGUCACAAAGCAAUGUUUUGAUGUCAGCCUUACAGGUAGUUGUAGUAGCCUACUACCCAUGCCUUUGCCAACUCUUUUCCCUUUGCCUAAUACUAUUUCUGUUUUUCUCUUUCUUUCCUGAUUGUCAUUAAGUCAUAGUUUCUGUCGGACACAAUAUUUGAACACACAGUAGACCCUACUACUUCUGUAUCAAACUAAAUGUAUAUGAUUUAGGGAUAAUCUUAGAUCUAAGGGCAUAUUUAGGACUUAAGCUUUAGAAGCAGUGUUAGUUGUUGACCAUUUUUUGACAAUACCUCAAUAAAGAAUUAAAUCACGAAUUGUAUAGCAUUUUAAGUCAGGCAUACAUUACAGAUGCCAAAUCCUAUUGAUAACUGGGAAGAUUUGAUCAAGAUGUUUAUACUGUUUGUAGUGUAGAGAUAAUAUAAGGGGAAAACAUAUUAUUUCGAUGUCAUUUGGAACUGUAUAAUAGUUGUCAGUAUGUAAUGUAUUGCUACUAUGAUUCUACUGUGAAUAAAGAGGUUUGUUAA